CCGUACAAUCCCGUAAUCAGAAUCUUAGACUCUCUUAGCACAAGCAAAUAAAAUGUGCCUCAUGAAACUGUAGUGAACAAAAAUGGCAAAGCUUGUUUGAGAUUUUGGUGUAACUUCAAAAGCUAUAUACCUAUAUGUAGGAGAAAGAAAUGGAAUAGAAAAAAGGGUCUUUCUUUCUUUCUUCUUCUUUUUUUUUUUACUUUCUUUCUUCUUCUUUUUUUUUUUUACUUUCUUUCAUUUUGAGUUCAAUGAUGACGUGAUAAAAAUCCCAAGAUGAAAUCUUUUGUUUUGUUGAAGAUGGAAUUGAAACCCCAGAAUCCCCAAGUAAGGAACCCUUCCCCACUUUGAUGAUGAUCUGGUUUGGAUUAGGUACCAGCAACACCCCAAAAAACCCGGAAUUUUGCUCUAAAAUAAGGCACAGACAGAUCAACUUAGAUGAGGGAAACACCCAACACACUCAAAACCAGAACAGAUAUCGGUAGAUAUAAUCAUCACCAUUCCCUUACCAACACAAAUCCAAGAGAAAAAAAGAGAAAGAGCUUUGUUGCAGAAAAAGCACAAGUCUAGGUUCUUGUUUCCCGAGCUGCGCCGCUUCUUCUUGUCGCUCGUGCGUUCCCAAAAUCCCAAAUCUCGAGGCCCUCAAUGCCGAACCACACACUCUCUCUACAACCCAUUUGGUUUUCGAUUCUGGGUUUCUCUUCAUAUUUGCCCCUUUAAGAGUUUCAAGGUUUUUCCAAAGGUUUAAAAUCGAGUUUUGAGGUGUUGAGCAACCCAUGAUCAAAAGGGAAGAGUCGGUGAUAGUGUUUUUCUGGAAAUUUCCAUUGUCUGCUUUUUGCAUGGAACCCAAGGUACUAGCCUUGAAACCAUUCAAACAUCGGUCUUUGUUUUUAACUAUUUGAUUAUUUCCACCAUUCCGGGCCCUGGGUAUCAUCAUUUUUUUUAAUGUUAAUUGUAUAUUGGGAUCCAUAUAUGUUCAAGUUCUAGAGCAUGCUUGUUGCUAAUUUUGCUUUGAAUUGCUUGACUUCAAUCCCAUUAUUUUGCUUUAUCAAUUGAGUUAAAACUCGUCUGUGAAUUGGGGAUUCAAAAAGGGUUCCAGGAAAGUUCUUGGGUUGCUUAGAGGCAUGUACUGAAAGAGUUGGUUUUGAUGUGGAACACUAGUCUUAGUUACUAGUCAUGCUAAGCUCUGAAGAGGGUGAAAAUGAUGUCUUCUUUGAUUCUUUGGAUUGCUUGUCGAUCGAAGAGCCUGUUUUAGCGAAACAAGGAUUAGAGUGUGGGAAAUUAGAGUAUGAAAUUUGGAUGAAUGAACCUGGAAGUGUUAAGGAGCGGCGUGAAAGAUUUCUUCUCGGAAUGGAUCUAGUUGAGUUUGCAAAUUCAUCAAGGAUAAAGGAUUUGCAGAGGAUCACAGAGUGCAGUGAUGCUGUCUUGAGUUCUUCGUGUCCGUCUGCUGGCAAUGGUGAAGGAAGUAUUGCUGAUUGUGAUAGGAAAAUGAUGUGUGAAGCCAAUUUGUUGCUCGAUGAAUCAACAGCAGCUCUCGAGAGCGAGAAUAAGGUAUUUGAACAACAGGAAACACAACAACACUUGGAUGAAUCUGAAAAGGCUGAAGUUAAUAGGAAGAAAUUCAAGAAAUGGUGGAAACACUUUUCCAGCAUGAGGAAAGUUGGGGUAAGCAGGGGUUCAUCUAAGACAUCGAAACCGAGUUUCGAAGUAUGUGAAACAAACAGAGUGAUGGUUCAGUCCAACAAGAAAGGAUACAUGGAGUUUUCAGCACUUUACAUGGGACAAGAAAUACAGGCUCACAAGGGCUUCAUCUGGACAAUGAAGUUUAGCCCUGAUGGUCAGUAUUUAGCAAGUGGUGGUGAAGAUGGGGUAGUCCGUAUAUGGCGUGUGAUGUCAACAGAUGCCUUUAGUAAACCUUUGAUGGCUGAGCACAAUUUAGGUAGAUCGAUGGACAAAGGGAAAUUCGGUUUUGGCAGAGAGAAGCUGGUUGACUCUCAAGUUGUUAUUCCUAAUAAGAUUUUUCGGAUUGAGGAGUCACCAAUCCAGGAGCUUCAUGGUCAUGGCAGUGACGUUUUAGAUGUUGCAUGGUCCAGAUCAAAUUUUCUCAUUUCCUCUUCCAUGGAUAAAACGGUCCGUCUCUGGAAAGUCGGCUGCAAUCAGUGUUUAAAUGUUUUUCAUCAUAACAAUUACGUCACUUGCAUUCAGUUCAAUCCCAUUGAUGACAGUUAUUUCAUCAGCGGUUCUAUAGAUGGAAAAGUUAGGAUUUGGGGAGUGUCGGAGAAGCGAGUCAUUCACUGGGUGGAUGUUUGGGACAUUGUAACUGCUAUAUGUUACCGGCCUGAUGGAAAGCAGGAAUUUAUUGCCGGUUCCAUUAGAGGUACUUGCCAUUUUUAUCAAGUAUCAGGUGACGACAUUAUUUUGGAGGCCGAGAUUCAUAUUCAUGGCAGAAAGAAAACUUCAGGCAACAAAAUCACAAGUAUUCAGUACUCCCAGGAUGAACCUCACAAAGUUAUGAUAACUUCUAAAGAUUCCAAACUCCGAAUACUCGAUGGGGUUGAUACUGUUCGUAAAUUUAAAGGACUCCCCAAGUCCAGAAGUCAGAUGUCAGCAUCUUUUACGUCCACUGGGAGACAUAUAAUCUCAGUUGGAGAAGACUGUCGUGUUUAUGUUUGGAACUACGAUGACAUUUGCCCUCGAACAUCGAAACAUACAAAAUCUGUUUCUUCUUGCGAACACUUCUUCUGUGAAGAUGUGUCUGUAGCAAUACCUUGGUUAGGCCAAGGUUCAGAUCAGCGGCACUCGGAUCGGUCACUGAGAGGGGAUCAGAUAGAGGGCACUUCUUGGAUCAGAGAUUCGCAACGAUUCUCACUUGGAAACUGGUUCUCCAUAGAUGGCUCCUGCAAGAGUUCUGCAACAUGGCCUGAAGAAAAACUUAUGUUGUGGGAAAUAACAGUUGCAGAAGACGAGUAUUAUUCGUAUGAACAACAACAGCUCUGUCACAACUACGGCGACUAUCACGCAACCUUGCCAGAAACAUGGGGCCUCGUGAUUGUUGCAGGCGGACGGAACGGAAGAAUCAAGACAUUCCACAACUAUGGAUUGCCUGUUAGUCUAUAGGAUUUUUUUGUUGCAAGGGGUCGACUUGAAAGAACUCUCAUUUGUGAAUUUUUUUCUAGGUUGAAGAUAUUCAACCCAUUGGCCACCAGAUUUCAGUUAAAAUUAGAAUUAAAAUUCAAAUACAA